ACCUUUUGUGGUCCUCUGCUUUUCCUUCCACAUCCUAUAGAAAGGCAGUUUAGGUGGACUGGCGACCCCGACACGACUCACUGUGACUUAAUACGUCCUGCUAAGAUGCCCCACCAAGCGCUGCCUCCUGCUCGGCUCCCGAUGGUGCUUCUAAAAGCUCCACGUUCUGCCAAGACAAGAAAAAGUCACACCUCGCCGCCGCAGUCAGCGCUGGAGCACAUCUGGCAGAAGGAGUGUUGCACCCUUUUCUGGUCCACCUGUCUGAUGUUCACCAAGUCAUAGUUUUAGCCUUUUUUCGUUACCCGGGUGCAGCUAUAAGCGUAUCCACAGGCGGCGCUCAUGUGCUCUUCAAACUACGCAGCGGACAGUCACGUUUCCUCAUCAAGGUUCUCCUUUUUUGAUCCCCAGCGUUGUAACUUUGUAUUUAUUCUUUUUUGGACACGUAGAUGGAAGGACGUGCACUUAGUGAUAAAAGUUCUUCAGAAAAAAACUCCAAAGUGCCUUCAUUGUAGUCCACAAUAUGUCCACUUAGGAUUCUGUUGAUGACUCCAUGCUGUGAUUUAUGAGUGUGGUCUCCAUGGAAAGCACAGACACGAUAUUUGCGCUAUCUGAAGACUGAUGUUACAGAGGAGUCAUUCAUUUGGACUUCCUGAAAAGCAACAGAAACUGGAUUUAGUAUUUCCACCACAACAGAAGCUCACAAUGAAUUAUACAGAAGACUACGGUCCAGAUGGCUAUCACUACUCCAAUGACAUUGAGGAGGAUUCCCUUACGUCUCAGAGGAUGAAUAUAUUCUCAGUGGUACUUUAUAGCCUCAUCUUUGUCUUGGGCGUACCAGGUAAUGCUAUUGUCAUUUGGAUCACCGUUCUGAAACUGAAGAAGACUGUCAACACCACUUGGUUUCUCAAUCUAGCAGUGGCUGACUUCAUUUGCUGCCUCUCCUUGCCCUUCUCGAUUGCCACUACUCUUCUCAAAAACACUUGGCCAUAUGGCAGCGCUCUGUGCAAGAUUAUUCCUACCAUCAUCAUAUUAAACAUGUUCUCCAGUGUAUUUAUCCUGACGCUAAUUAGCAUUGAUCGAUUUCUUCUGGUCACCAAGCCAGUGUGGUCACAAAAUAACAGAACUGUCAGAUGGGCGAGAUUGCUCAGCGGUACUGCCUGGUUUUUGGCUGCUUUGAUGUGCCUGCCGAUAGUCAUCCACAAAGAAGAACAGUUCUUCGAUAAUGUAAACAGUACCUACUGUGUAUAUAAUCAAACCCCACAGUCCAAGAAAGCCAUGGUGUUCACCAGGGUAAUAUUUGGGUUUCUGGUCCCUUUCUUCAUCAUCUGUGUAAGCUACACUCUCAUAACACUCAAAGUGAAGAACAGCCAGUUUGGCAAAUCUCGUAAGACAUUCAAAGUCAUCCUGGUGGUAAUUGUUGCCUUUUUUAUUUGCUGGACCCCCUAUCACAUCAUUGAUAUCUUGAACAUUCAGGACAUGAGUGAAGAAAUGGAAGAAACCAUAGUGCUCCUCGACCAUUUUACCAUCUGCCUUGCCUACUUCAACAGCUGUCUCAACCCCUUCCUCUACGUCUUCAUGGGCCAGGAGUUCCAGAGUAAAUUCAAAAAGUCGCUAAGCAAAUUGCUAGAAAGUGCUUUCAGUGAAGAAGCCACAGGUUCAACCUCAUAUUCUAAAUCUAGGAAAUCUCGAGACGAAAGCGUGGCUGAAACAGCACAGUAGCUGCCAGCUCAGCUCUUGAUUUCCUUCUCACUUUGUCAUCACUGCAUCUCAGCAGACAAGCCUCUUGUGCAACAGACUUGUAAACCAUCUGCAUUCAGAUGCUUUGGAGUAUUUCAUAAUUGCAGCACAUCCUGCAGAACAUGCAGCCUUAUUUCAAAUUUCAUGUUCAGAGUUGCCUUGGUACACUUUUUUUGGCUAACAAAAAUAAACAGAUAUGUAACAAAAGCAAUGGAUGCCUGGUGUAUACAGAUGAGACUUUAUUGUUUUUGCUUGAGAAAGUUACAUUUUAAUACAGAAUUAACAACUGUCCAAUUGUCUCGCAAUCAUCAGACUCCAUUUUAACAGACAGCUGUUAUAAUGAAGCAGGAAGUGACUGAUAAAUGUUCAUUUGUAAAAAAGCAAUAUGAAAACUGCUGACAUCAAUGUGUGUGUGUGAAUCUCGCUCCAAAAUGCUUCUGCUUCAUAGAAAGAUUGAGGCAAUGCAUGUGACGUGUACGUAAAUCACCCCGCAGUCCAGAUAUCUUUGUUUUAAAAGUUUUUAGUGAAAUUCAAAGCCAAACCACUUCACACAAAAAUAAAGAGAAGACUUGAU